CACCAACAUAAGUUCCUCAUUAAAACUUGAAUGGAGGGAGCAAAUUGAUUAACACCCGCGUUCUUGACCGUUGUUUGUCCCGCAAUAUUUUCGUCCGCCCGCCCCGCGCCUAAUCAGCAUCGUGUGCGACCGCUUAUCAUCAUCAAAUCAACAGAGAGCCGUCAAAAAUAUUGCACUCGCGGCGCGCAACCCAUCAUCAUCAAAAUACAAAGUGAGAGAAGGUGUUUCGCAAUCGGUCGGUCAUCGAGUCGGUCGGUGGUCUAUCGCGAAGUGUUUCGCGGAGUUGUGGAACCAUCGGGUUCGAACUGGACUGGAGAAAAGUGCCGCCGGAGUGAGUGAAGUUGCUGGCAGUUGUGUGCGCGCUGGAAUUUAUCGUUUUUCCGAACGCGAAGAGUCCGCGAUUCGAUUGCCCAUUCAUCGGGUUGGUUGGUUGCGAGUGAGUGGGCAAGGGCAAAAGUCGUUUUCACGGAGGGUAGUGGCGAGUGAGUGCAGUGACGAGCGAGGCGGGUGGUGGAAGAAAACCUGAACCGAAAACGGACCGUCGUGCACGGGGUGUUUGCGAAGUUGUGGUCCCGCUCGCUCGCGGUGAGAUUUUUCGGUGAGGUUCCGCGAGUUGCAGCAUAAUCGUCAUCAUCGGCGUAAUCAGAAAAGGCUCACGAUUUGGUGAGUGCUGAGUACUGUUCAACUUCUCACCAGCGUGGAUCUCACUCUCCCUAUCCACUGAAAGCGCGGCACUCCUCUCGCACCACUCAUAAUCGACGACGGCGACGGCGACGACGUCCGUUGGGUGAUAAUCUCUCGCGCUGGUGGCCCCGUUCGUGGCACUGCGCCUCUGCUGGGUUGGUGGUGGUGGUGGGUUAAGGCCUCCGAAUCUUCCACAAGAUCCUCGGACGAUCGGGCGAAUCCGACCGACCGAAGCUCGAGCUCUCGAUAGGGGGGUUUCCAGCGUAAUGCUGCCGACCGAUCGGCUCACAAUUCUUUUGACUAUGGCGUGUUUAAGUUCGUCGAAUCGGGUCUGCGCCCGCGUUGUGCAGGAAAAACUGUGUCAGUUUGUUGUUGGCAAAAAUUAUCACCACCAGCAGCAGCAACAACAGCAGGUUCACCAGCCCGCUAAGGCGACGGUGGCAGGUGCUGGAACCGGAACUGCCGAGUCCGGUGGCGGUGGUCGCUCGCCCGCUGCUGCUGCUGUGGUUGGGAAAAGUGUUAUCGCGGUCGGAAAUGGUGUCGUUGGCAAGAAAACCGUUGGCGUCGGGCCGCUGUUUACGACGUUGAAAUCCGGUGGUGUUGGCACGUUUGGGGGUAGUGUGGAUGCAGUUUUGAAAUAUGGACCAAGUGUUGGAAUGUUCGGUGGUCCGUCGUCUUCGACGAUGAUGAUGUUCAACGGUGUCGGCAGUGUGCGCAAUUUCUACAGCUCGUCUUUGGUACGCAAUCUCUUCAGGAAGAAUCAGCCAUGCAGUUCACAACUCCUCCCGCCACCAGCAGUCACACAUCCCUGCAUGCGAGGCUACAGUUCCGUCCACACCCAACAGCCAGCCGGCCCGAUCCGGGAAUACAACAUCGAUCCCUACAUCCUGCUAGACGAAGAGCUCAAAUACAUCUUCGAAGACAUCAGACAAGAAAUCAACCGUGCCACCAACCACCAAGAGCUGAAAAAGAUCGCCGUCUACUACUUCGAUGGCCAGGGAAAAGCGAUCCGACCGAUGGUAGCGAUGCUAAUGGCAAAGGCCCUAAACUAUCACAUGCACAACGAGACCAGCAACGUAGUGCACGCACAACGACAAAUCGCCAUGAUUGCAGAGAUGAUUCACACCGCCAGUUUGGUACACGACGACGUCAUCGAUCAGUCCUUCGCGCGGCGGGGUAAACCUAGUGUAAACGUCAUAUGGAAUCAUAAAAAGGUGACGCAAGCUGGCGAUUACGUUCUAGCCGUUGCAUCGAUGCUGUUGGCCCGCCUUAAACACGACGAAGUCACACACAUCCUCAGUCAGGUACUGACAGAUUUAGUGCAGGGAGAAUUCAUGCAGCUAGGCUCCAAGGAAACCGAAAACGAACGAUUCGCUCACUACUUCACCAAGACGUACAGGAAAACGGCGUCCCUGAUAGCGAAUAGUUUAAAAGCGGUGGCAGUCCUGUCCGGCGCGGACGAACAGAUGGUCGAGCUGAGCUUCCAGUACGGACGGAAUCUGGGUCUGGCGUUCCAGUUCGUGGACGAUCUGCUCGAUUUCGUGUCCAGCUCAGAGGCGAUGGGUAAACCGGCGGCAGCCGAUCUGAAGCUGGGACUGGCCACCGCGCCGGUGCUGUUUGCGUGCGAGAAGUUCCCCGAGUUGAACCCGAUGAUCCUGCGCCGCUUCCGGGAGCCCGGCGACGUCGAGCGGGCGUACGAGCUGGUCCACCAGUCGCAGGGCCUGGAGCAGACGCGCUUCCUCGCACGCAAGCACUGCAUCGAGGCGCUCCGGCUAGCGUCCCAAAUCAGCGAAUCGCCGUAUCAAAAGGGUUUGAUAGUCGUCGGUGACUUCGUGCUGAACCGAAUGAAAUAACACCGAGCCGAGCCGAGGGCAACGAUGGCGGUUGUUAGGAAGCAGCACAACAACAACAUCAGCAACAACAAUAAAAGUCUAUUGUUAGGGGUGACGAAUGUUUGCGAUGAGGAUCGAAGUGUGCGAGAUUUUUCGUUGGGACCUUUAUCCGUCAUAGUUGAAUGGUUGGAAUCAGUGCGUUCGCGUGUGAGCAUUGUUUACUUCAUGGAAGCAAGUAAAAAUAGUGUUUCUACACAAUUUGUUUGAGUUAUUUUCCAGUUCUAUUGCUGGGGUGUUUUGUGAGCUUGUUUAUGUUUUAGCGAGUGUUUGGGAGCAAUUAAAUAUUCUUAUUGUAGUUAGAAGCAAAUCAAGACGAAAAAGCAAGCGUAAGUGCGCGUGGAACCAGUGCGGGUUUUUUUAGCAAUCUAAUUAUGAACUCUUCCGUGUAAAGAAAAAAACUCGAGAUAUAUAGGAAGUCAGUUAAUUUUAUCUAGCAGAAAGGUAAUUUGUUCAGUAAUCAAAGUUAGUAGUUUAGUAAACUAGGUUAGAUUUAGCUUUACCCCGUAAGAAGGGAACGAAGUUUUCUGGGAUUGUUUUUGGGUUUAGGGAGGUUUCGUUUCCAGCUUCCGGGUGACAUGUAACAAUUAUCCUUUCCGUCUGUACUCUUUUUACCGGGUUAGCUGAAUUGGAAGUGUACGAAGUGCAAUCAUAAUCCUUUUGAUUCAUGUCUUGAUAGAAUAUUAUUACGUAGUUUUGUUUUGUUUUAGCAGUGUGAAUGAGUGACACCGUAGCAGUUGUAAGAGAUUUCAUCCUUUGCAGUGAACCAUAUAGUCAAUUUCUGUCAUCCGGUUCCUAACAAUUACAGAUUUUUUUUCCACCUGUUAAGCAUCAUACAUUUCUAUAGAGUUCCAGAUUUCCCUUGUUUGUCAAUACAUCAUUAGUAUCGGUUUGCAGACAUUUGACAGCUCUGUUAAACGUCGACACAAAUCGUAGCAAGUUCUGAUUUCAAGUAGUUUCCGACUCGCUUCGGGUCGCCGGAAUGGUUGAGAAAGUUAUGCGCUGGAGAGACAUGUUAUCAUCAUCAUAGUAAGCACUGCCAUUGAACAGAUUUAUUUGUUUUGUGUAAGGUAGGAGAUACAAUGGGAGGUCAUGUAAGAUUGAGCCGUACACUGGCGAAAAACUUUUCACUUUUCAUAUGCUCCGCCCUUAUGAAAUUUAAUCUAUUUUGAAAAGUUUCAUCAAAGGUAGAUUAAUGAAUUUUGGGAGGUUUUUUUGUUGAUGAAGUUUCAAAUGUUAAAUCCGGUGUUUUCAAGUCUUUUUUAUUCAUUGGUAAAAAGUUGAUUUUGAUUGUUUGCGUGUGACGAAAGGGAUAGCGUGAAAUGGGAUAAAUAGAAUACAAUUGUAAGAGAACAACAGGAGCCUUAUAGUAGAUUAAAAGACAAGAAAGAAAAUGUAAAUAAACAAACAUAGAUAAGAUUAAUGAAAGAGAACCAGCAGAAGGUUAUGCAAGAAAUGGAUGUGUUUUAACGUGUGUUAGCCCAUAAGUGUCAAACGUAGGCCAAUAAGUGACCACUAGCUGCUCAAUUAUUGUUUAAAACAACACAAGUACCAGAACCCUUGAUUCUUACACUUUCUUAAUUAUUAUGUUUCAAUUCUAACCACGUCAGUUAAUUUGAUAAAAUCAAAGAAACAAAAGCAACACGCCCACUCUGUACAUAGUUAUCUAUAAUUUAACCUCUAAGGAAACGUCGUGGGAGUAAAGUCUAGCGUAACACAAACACACAUACACACUUGUUUGCACUUGUUAUUUUUUGCGGUUAUUCUAUCUAUUUUGUUCUUUUGUUUUAGUCUAUCCCUAAUUGAAAAUACCGAAUUAGUAGUAACAUAACCUCGUCCUCAGUGAAACUUCAACUUUUGCAGCUCCCUAACAUUUUAACCUUUCCUAACUUUAUUUUAAUUUAUAAAAAUGGUCAACCAAUAAAUCUAUAAAAGCAGCUGUCGAGCGAAGCGCCAAAAAAUCGAGGUUAUGUAGUUGUACGAAAAAUUGGUCACCCUAAGGCAAGUUACCAGGACCAUCACAUCAUCACCAACAACCACCGGCAACCAGUAUAAAAAAAAUUGGGCCAAAAUAAGCACAUUGUACAGCAAAGAAACACUCACACAAAACUCGACUGCCCUCCCGAUAGCCACUAUCGAAUAAGGGUGAUCGAAUACGUGCUCGGCUCUGGACGAUGAAGUCUGCGAUGCUGAGAAGAUUGAUAUUUUUGAGAGAAACAACCGUCUAAUCGAAUUGCAGGAACCUUGGUGUCAGACAUUCGUGUUCAACGGGAAGCUACGUUUUCCGAGUGUAAACAAAAACCUGAUUUGAAAUGAGGAGAAGUAACUAGCGAGAGAAAGGCGAGUAAACACUUUAGGUGAAUGAGGUAGUCGUCGGUGUGGAAUGCCACGCUGACGACGGGGGGAAGAGAUGUAUAUUAUCAUUGCUAUAUUUUACACAAUCUUUACACAACACACAAGACACAAGCAAACACAACAAGGAGGAUGUUUUUGAUAUGUAAUGAGUAAGAAAAUGAAAAGAGAAAAUAAAUGAGACUAAUCAUCUAUCCAGCAGUCA